AUGAAUAAAACUCGCAAACUUCAAAAAACCAUUGGAGGAGGUCAAGACCAUGAAAAGCUAUAUAUCCUCGUCAUGGGUCUGACUGGAGCCGGAAAAAGCACAUUCAUUUCUAUACUCACCGGGAAUACAGAUAUUCCAAUUGGCACAGCCGCGGAAAUGGAUGGAGUAACUCAAGAGGUCCAGGAUUACAUACUCUUCUACCGCCAUAGAGGGCUGCUAUAUGAAAUCCACCUUAUCGACUCACCAGGCUUUGAUGAUGGGACCCUGGUAGAUGCAGAAGUCCUGUCUCGGAUCGCAGAGUAUGUGAAUAUGAAUUACCUGUUGAAAGAACGACUCGCAGGAGUUCUUUACUUACACGACAUCACCAAAGGAAAAGUUGGAGGUGUUGGCCAGCGCAAUCUCCGAAUGCUAGAGGAAAUGAUUGGAGUCAAGGAAUUCAAAAACGUCACACUCGUUACCACCAAGUGGGGCUGCACAAAGAGUCCAGACGAUGAGCGACAAAGGGAACUUACUCUGAGCACCAACAAAAAGCACUUCGGUACCAUGUUAGACAACGAUGUAAAUCAGUCGAACGCCACAAUGGUACAAUUCGAUCCAAAGUCUAGAACCAAGGCGCACGAGAUUAUCGAGCCAUUCUUAGGAAAGAGAUUCACGACCCAGAUCUCGAAGGAAAUGGUAGACCCCAGAGGACCUAAACUACCACUUGGCGAAACACAUGCUGGCAAGGUGGUUGUUGACAACCUUAAGCAAUUGGAAGAGACGAAGGAACAGCUUCAAAUGGUCCAGAAGGCACAGCAUCUUCUCUCACUGAGAUACGACGAAACCUUGUUUGAUGAGUUCAAACGGAAGCGCAAAUAUCUCCGCCGCAAACAUGGGAUGCAGCGCUCCGGCCGAUGGGUCAUGCGCACAUCUAUUAUUGGAGGUACUAUCGCGGCAACGGUACUGACUUUGGGACCAGGCGCUGCGGGUUUUGCAUUAGAGCCGGUCUAUGAGCAGUCGGUUCGUGGACAGAGAAGGAUGGAGAAGAGAGAGAAGGAAGAUCUAGAGAAAGAGUUCAAGGAAAAGAGCAAGGAUGCCAAUCAUCUGAAGCCUGUGGACCCACAAUGGCUCUGGGACUCAAAAGUUCAGAAGAUCGGCGAUCUUGAGAGUCACAGCGUUAGGAGUGUCAGCUCCGAGGACGUGCUGGAAGUGGCCAGAAAGGGUGAGAUGGUAGGAUUCGCGGCUGAUGGGGAGGAUGAUGAAAAGGCGCAGGAGGUUAUCUUGAGCGAGUUGGUCACGGAAGCAGAGUCUGAAUCAGAUUGGGAUAAUUUAAGUAAUAUAUAG